UCUCCUGGGCCACCUCCUGCCGCAUCUCCGCCGCUCCCUGGCCUCUCCUCGUUCGGAUUCCGUCCCCAGCACCGUCCGAUUAGGGCCCGGGUCGGGCUGGGCCGGAUCCGGUGCGCCGGGAUCCGAACCCGGAGGAGGAGGGAAGAAGAAGGUCUCGCUCGCUCUCGAAGAUGCAGCAGGUCCUUGAGGACGCGGAGGAGCGAGCUCAGUCCGCCGGAUCCGAACCCGCCCCCAAAAUCGCUCUGGACCAUGUUACUGUUAGUUUUGCAAGAAGCGGAGGGCCAGGCGGUCAAAAUGUAAACAAAGUGAACACUAAAGUAGAUAUGCGCUUUAAUGUGAAGCAGGCAUAUUGGCUGAGUGACCGAGUCAGGGAGCGAAUUCUUCAAAUGGAAAAGAAUCGUAUCAACAAAGAUGGGGAGAUUGUGAUAUCCUCUACGAAGACUAGAACACAGAAGGGUAACAUUGAUGAUGCAUUGGAGAAACUUCAGGCAAUUAUUGAUGCUGCAUCAUACGUCCCACCACCUCCUUCUGAAGAGCAAAAGAAAAGGAUUGCAAAACUGGCGGUUGCAAGUGAGCAGAAAAGAAUUCAGAACAAAAAAGCAAUCUCCCAGAAAAAGGCGAUUAGGAGGACGAGGGAUAGCUGGGAUUGACUCAACAACAACAGUAAUCAUCAACAAUGAAAGCUAACAUAUACACAUGCGAAAAUACAUUUCAGCAUAGUUUCCUAAAGAAGAUUGUUGCCUGUGGAUUCGGGCAACUAGUGAUCCUUUCUGUACUGAUGCCAUUUCCCCCCUAUAAUAGGUGAAAGCGCAAGGGAUUUAAGAGUAAUAUGCAUGAACUGAUGGUGGAAAUAUUCGGUCAAAUGAAGGUUGCUGAACUAAAAGCCGAUACUGUACAUACCCAUGCUGCACAUUUUUGUGGAAGGGUUCAACCCACUUUUAAGUCUUAAGGAACAAAAUACUGAGCUGUGAGCUAUAUUUGUAGUACAAUCGUCUUUAUAAUGUUGAUGGAAUCAUGAAAAUUUUAUAUCUGGUUGCAAAUUUGACUGUAAUCUUAUAUGUUCGCGUGGGUAUUUUUCUUU